GGGCGCUUAGACUAAAAGAGAUCUUAACUCAGUGCUAGUGGGCAGAAGUCGUGUAGUUCACCGUGUGCCGUGAAUCGUGCAACAUACCGCAUAGACUCAAUUAACAAACGGAUACUCGUUACUCGUAUAUAGAAUAAUGAAUUCCUCCAGUGCCAUUGGAUUACUUCUAGUUGGAUUAUUGGCUUUGAUUCAAAGGAGUGGUGGCUUUCCGGACGGUGCUCCGGCGGACACUUGUGUCAAAAAACGCGCCAACCAACCCAACCACGGCCAAGCCCGACCGCAAUCAUUGGAAACGAAUCCCUUUGAUAUUGUCGCUAGUGCAGAAAGCUUUAAUCCUGGACAACAAAUCACAGUUGUUAUCUACCCCUACAAUAACCGCCAUGUGUUCCGAGGGUUCUUCAUUCAGGCACGUGACGCAGUGACCAACGAAUGGAUCGGCCAUUGGGAACAAAGUGAGAACACCAAAGGCAUUCCAGAGUGUUCGGCCAUUACUCACUCGGACAAUAGGGAUAAGCUGGGGGCCAAGUUGAUUUGGAAGGCGCCGCAGCACAAAAGAGGACGUGUGUAUUUCACAGGAACUGUACUGCAAGAAUAUGGAACGUUCUGGAGUGGAAUUGUUGGAAAACUUCAAUCCCCAGCUAAACAUUAAAAUAAAACAAUUUUUUUUUAUUGUAAUUUUUUUGUUUUUGUACUAAUUUUUAGCUUAAGUAUGUUCUAAUUACAUGAUUUUUAAAUUAAAAUAUGUAUUAUAAUUAUAAUAAAACGGACUUUUAA